CAUUUUAUAAACUCUGUUGAUACUUGGUUGUAUCAGACGUGAAACUGAUCUCUUUCGUUUGUUUUCAUGCAGCCUCUUUCACUUGCUUUCUAGAAGCAGAAUUUCAUAAAUUUUAUCUAACUAAAUUUGUAAGAAGUUUUUCCUUUUUUUUUUGGAAUUUUAAAGCAAAAUGGCCGAAAUUGAUUAUCGUUACUGUUUUGGUGCUGGUGACCAAAACAAUAAUGAUGCUGUCGUCGAAAAAAGAAUGCUGUCUGUUCCCCGUGUCGACACGAUGGACGAUUUGAUCCGGGAACUCCGUUCGGCGUUCGAAACGGACUAUGUAAAUAUAGAAAGGGUUCAAGAUUUGAUGGCAGCUUAUAAAUCCAAUCCACGGGAUUGGAUCAAGUUCGCUAAGUUUGAUCGGCAUAGAUAUACUCGUAACCUCGUAGAUGAAGGUAAUGGGAAGUAUAAUCUGAUGCUUCUGGCCUGGGCUGAAGGUCAAGGAAGCAGUAUUCAUGAUCAUGCCAAUAGCCAUUGUUUCAUGAAGGUGCUGGAUGGCAGUCUUCAUGAAAUCCGUUUCGCUUGGCCUCCGGAAACAGAAGAAAGUGAAACUCGAGAAAUGGAGCAGAUAGGAGAGAACUAUCUGAAAACGAAUGACGUCGCUUACAUCAAUGAUACCAUCGGUUUACACCGCAUGGAAAACCCUAGUCAUACUGCAACUGCGGCAAGUUUGCAUUUGUAUUGCCCACCAUUUCAAUCUGUUCUGCUCUUUGAUCAACGUACGGGACAUAAAACUCGUGGCAAGGUCACUUUCUGGAGCAAAUACGGAAAGCGCACUCCAUUUGGCGCCUCAUCCGCUAAACUGGAUGAAGAAGACUUCGAAAACAACUGAAGUUAUAAAUAUUGUAUAUAGCUCGUUAUAUAUAUUACAUUAUAUUUGUGGCAUUGAUAUACAUCAUAAAACGUUUCUUUGACAAUAUAAUAUUAAAUUUGUUUACUAUCUUCA